AUGCGGGUUUCCUUCUGUCUCCUCAUUGUGCUGGCCACUCUUCUGGCGUGCAGUGAGACGGUUGCAGCGGCCAAGAAGCACCCGAAGUCACGUGAUGAACACGAGGAAACUGUCCGCGACAAAAACAAGCGAUUUCUGAGAUUGACCUCCGAGGAAGACACGGACAAUGUCACCCCGGGCGCUGAGGACGACGAAGAAGAGAGAGACCUCAUCAUCCCGACCAUCGACCGACCGAAGUACCAUCGUUGGUUUCACGCCCACAUGACUCCGUACGAUGUCAAGCAAGUGCUGGGUCUGACGGGUCUGAGGCCUCUGGUGAAGCCCAUCAAGCGACGCGUCUACAAGGGCUACGUCGUCUACUUCGAAGAGCACUGCCGUAAGCCUGAGUACCGGCGCAUGGCCUUUUGCCAACCUGGUGCCGAGUAG